AUUGGUGCGGGAAAGGGGAAAGUACAGGAGUCUUUUCCGGCUUGGUUGUGCCGUUUCCAGGUGAAGAGGAUAGCAGCCGCUGGCUUCUCUCAUACGCUGUGUAGAUAGACAACACUGAGCCCACCUCUCCUGUCCUGCGAUGGAGAAGCGGCUGCAGGUGAGGUCGUGGAUAACAAGGUGUAGAGCUGGAUGAACGCAGCAGGCCAGGCAGCAUCAGAGGAGCAGGAAGGCUGACGUUUUGGGUCCGGACCCUGCUCCUUCCGCCUCAGUCCAACCAAGUAACAAGAGGGCAAAGAAGAGUCAUGUUCUACAUCUAGCAUCCUAAUACAAGAGCUCCUGGAAUGUGACAAAAUGCAACAUUAGACAAAACAGUAUAUGAUGGUAAAUAAUUGGUUUCAGCCUGGAAAAAACUAUUGAAUGAACCUAUAGCAUAUCAACUGCUUGGGAAAGUUAAAUAUAAAGUUUGUAUGUAAAGAUGGUUCUACGUGAAUCUCCUUUCCCCAAUGCCUGUGUCCAUGGCUUACACACUGCAGCCUGGGGCUUGAUUUUCCCCUGUUUCUGGUCACUGGAUCACAUGGUAGCAUCUUUUAAGCCAACAACUUAUGAGCAGCAACAGAAACAAGAGCAAGAGUGCUAUGUUUGGCCACUGGAAGUUUUCUUCAGAUUUCUUAUGUAUGUGACUUUGUUGGUAAUCUCUGUGCCAUUGGCAUUAAUUGGAUUCAUCAUCUGGGCACCUUUACAAAUAGUGAGAAGACCCUUCAAUUAUUCCUGUGUGAAAACCGCAAAAGUAUACAUCCAGGAGGAGUGGAUGGGAUAUGGAGAGGGCAAAGGAUUUAGCUUUGUGGAGGCAAACUUGUGUUUUCUGCCUAACUGCUUGGCCCGCUUUAACAAUCUGUCUCAGACUCAAAGGAGAGCAGUUCAGAUUGCCAGCCAUAUCAGCGAUUCUGUCAACCGGCCAAGAAUUAAGGUUUGCGUGGACUCUCCAACAAGUGUGACUGCCAGCUUUCAGAACAGCCCCUUGACUGCUGUUAAACAAGUAUCCUGCAGCGCGACUGGAACACAAGGACCCAGAGGGUCAGUUCUGGCUGUAAACAACCUACACCACAUUGAUAGCUCAGAGGAGAGCAGUGAAGUAGAUAAUGUCCACGAAUGUUUGGAUGCGCAUCAAAGCAACAAGGAUCCUUUGGAUCUUACAGUGAUGGAAGGAAGCAACCUGUCAAGUGCCUUGGAUGAGAUGCCACCCAAUCAGCCUAGCAAGCAGCAAGCUCUGUCUUUCAACUCUCUGAAGAGCCAGGGUAAACCUCAGAAAAAGCGAAAUGUGGAAGAUGAUCUACCUGCAGAAAUAUCUCCGCUCUUUCCUGCUGACGUAGCCUUUGUCUGUCUUCUGGAAGUGUUUGAGAAACGGGCAGCAGCCAAACUGAAGCAACUCCUUCAACCAGCUUUUGGACACAUCCUUCAUGAUGUAGGUGUUUAUGGCUUCCAAGGAUGUUGCGAGUUUAAAUUCUUCAACAGCGGUAUCUUCCUUGCCAGCCGCUAUCCCAUCCUAGAUGCCAAGUUUCAUUGCUUUCCUAAGAUCCGAGGAGAAGAUGGCCUUGCUGCUAAAGGUCUCCUGUGUGUUAAGAUCCAGGUUGGUUUGACUCAGAAAGGCCAACAGAUUGUGGGGUAUCUCAGCUGCACUCACCUGCACGCCAUAGCAGAGGAUUCUCACAUUCGCCAAAGUCAACUGAGUCAUAUGAUAGUAUGGAUCAAUGAGUUCCAGAAUACAUCUAGGAACGAGGAAGAGAAGGUAGUGUUUGACGUUCUUUGUGGGGAUUUCAAUUUUGACAACUGUUCAUUAGAAGACCAAUUGGAACAGCAGCAUCAGAUACUCCAAAUAUACAAAGACCCCUGCUGUUUUGGACCGGGUAAAGAGAAACCUGGAGUCAUAGGUACGCUAUUACAACAAAGAACCAUACAUGAAGAUUCAGUGAAGAGCCCAGAAAACUUGCAGCGAGCUUUGGAGAUUGAAGAAUUGAGGAAACAAUACCUGGAAUUUCCCAUCAACCCUGCUGUCAACACCACAGGCAGCACAGAGCCCAGAAGUGUAGGAGGUGGACGCAGGAUUGAUUAUUUGCUGUAUCGGGAAGACACUGUUGCAAAAGAAGUGAUUACUGAGCUGGAAGAAUUCACCUUUAUAACCCAGCUGGCUGGACUAACUGACCAUCUUCCUAUUGGAAUGAGGCUGUUCAUUUCCAUGGUGCCAGAGGAAGAUGAUGCAAGUCAUGGCGUUGAUGAUGGACUUUGACAAACCCACUGCAACCAAACGGAUUUGGAUAAGUGCCGGAAGCUUCAGAAAGUGAAUAAGAGAAAUAACUUAAUUUUAUUUUUAAAAAGAAACAGUAAAUAAAACUUUAGAAUUUCUCAAUACUGAUCAGAACAAAAAACGUGAUAUUGAGAAUCUUCAGCUGCUCCAGAUGAGCAACGUUGACAAUGGACAGUGGGGCAUAUCCCAAAAUAAUACUUGGGAUUGUAUUUUCAUCAUGGUUGGGAAAUGAGCAGGGCUUGUUUAGUGGCAAUAGAACCUACC